CGCGACACUCUUCGCCAUCGCCCUCCGCCGAGCCGUCACUCGAGAAAAUCUAUUGCGCUCGACGAUGCGUCAUCACAUGCUCUUUUCUGGUUCAUCACAGUACCACCACCAAACAUGACACCAUUCAAGUUCCCGCCCCCGCCUCCGCCUCCGCCGAAGGCUCCAUCGAACGAUGCGCAAAACCCGUAUAGCAGUCAGAGAGGGGGACUUCAUACUGCAAGAGGAGACCGGCACCGUGGAAGAGGCUUUGUAGGAAGAGCACGUGGCAAUAAUCAAGGGAGCUCAAGAGGCGCAUACGGACUCGGAGGCGGGAGUGGAGAUGUCCGUGGCCGAGAAGGGUCCCGGGGGAGCUACCAGCAGCGCGGAAGAGGAGGACUGCCUAAUCAGGCUUUUACACAGGGUCAACGGCAGCAGCAGUACCAGCAGCCUCCGCAACAAGGCACCUCUCCACCAAACACCCGUCCCUUCCCCAAUGGCACACCUGGGAACCCGCUGUUUGGAGCUCCGCUCCCAGUGGGAGGGCAGGCGCUGCCAGUUGAUCCGGCAGCAUUCGCGCAAGCAAUGGCGUUUAUGUCGACACCAGCUGGAAUGCAGACGAUGACUGCGUUCGCAAAUCACAUAGCAGGGAACAAUGUCACUCCUCAGAGCCCAUUGUCACCUCCCUCUCAGCAAUUGCCGCCUCAACUCUAUCAGUCCCCUUCCGAGAGCGGUUCGGUAAGGAAAAGAAAGAGAAAUGAACGGGCAAUCAACUACCAAUCCCAGCAGAACCCGGUAACAGUUCAAAACCCCCAGCCACGCGGUCAGAAGCCACCGAGGGCUAAAGCAGCUGCACCUCCAGCAGUACCUGGUUUCGGAUUCUCGCUGCCGCCGGUUCCUCCACCCCAGCCUUCCGAUACCCCCAAGUUAGGCAGCAAGCACGACCAGAAGAAGCGCAAGGUAAUUUUGGGCCUUACGCACCGUGAAGAGGACCUAGAAAGCAGCGCGGAGGAAGAUAUUGACGAAGAGGCCGUCUUCGUGUCGAAUGUCAAGGUCGAAGGCGGCGUUGUUUUCGAACAUGAAGGCGAGAGCAUCUCCCUCCAAACGCCAGCGGAAAUCGCCGCCUGGAUAAAAGAUCGAAGAAAACAGUUUCCUACCCGAAAGAGGAUUGCAGAGAAAGCUCAAGAAGCUGCAGCGAAGAGAGCGAGUGAACUAGAGUUCUUGCGGAAGAUCAAAGGAGGCGCUAAUAAGAAGAGAGUCGAAGUUCAACGAACCCGGACUACAACUAAAGAUAUGAAAGUUUUCUCGGAGACACGUCGUUCAGACCUUGAAGAGCUACGGAAGAACGCCCGGGAGAGUGUGAAGGAGUCAGUCUCUCUAGAACAAAAGAAGUCGCAAACACCCAUCGGAGCUAGGAAGCCGAAAUGCAUAGAUCUUGGCCUAGGCUACGACAGCGAAACCGUCUCAGAAGAAGACGAAAGCUCCGAGCUGGAAGAUUCGUCGGUAGUGUCGAGCUCUGAAGACGCUGACGCUGACUCUGACCGGGAAUCGGACGACAGCGACGCGCCACCAGUGCAACACUCUUCGACGAGAGCACCUACUCCGAUAACGGUUCCGCCUCCGCCACUCACGCAAGUAGUGAAAGAGCCCGAGGCAGAACGGCCGGACAUCUGCUUCCGGUGGAAGCAGUUCGGAAAAUGUAAAUACGGCUCUCACUGCCGUUACUCGCACCCACAGAAGGAGGAGCCGAAGCGGAUGGGGCUAUAUGAGAAGAUGGUGGAGCAGGAGUUGGAGAAAGCAGAUCGGCUGGCGCUUGACGCGAUCAAGUAUCUUGGGCGUCACGGAUUCUUGGGUUGAAGGUCUAGGUGUCCCUUAAAGUCGCGGUACGGAAAAUGUGUGGCAUCAUUUCUAUGUUCAUCACGUACCCUAUGUCCAUCGCACGUGGGCUCGAGUAGACGGUUUCAGGCCGUGGUAGAAUGGGAGCCGGUCAACCUCCUCCUUGGGAGACAGGAGGAGGACCUGCCGAGUGGCUAUUCCGUGUAUUCUACGAAAUGCGGUUUCUCUCAAUGUCAGCAUAUACUUGGAAUACUUAGCGAUAGUGAAAACAUUAUAUAAAGC